CUUCUCUCAGGAGAUCCCCAAAGGCAACUUCUCUCUGCUGCUUGAGGAUGUGAGGAUUACAGAUGCAGGAGUGUACAAGUGUGUGGUUUACACAGAGCAGAAGGACCUUGAAGCACGAGUGGAAAUACAGAAUGUAGAGCGGCUGGUGGUGACGGGUACAGAUGAGCCUGUCUAUGCACAUGUGGGAGAGGAGGUGACUCUCAGCUGCUCUGUGGACACCCAUGUUAAUCGGACAGAGCUUCAGGUGAAAUGGAUAAAGACAGAUGACGAUGACAUCUUAGUCCUUUUGUAUGAUAAUGGAGAGAACAGACCAGAGUCACAGGAUGGAAGAUACUCUGGAAGAGCUGAAUUCUUCACUGAGGGAAUUCCCAAAGGAAACUUCUCAAUGAAACUGAGGAAUGUGAAGACUGAAGACACAGGAGAGUUCAGGUGUGAAGUCCACUCAGAUACUGAUUCUGCCAAUACAACUGCCAGGAUAGCAGCACUGGGUUAUUCAUCCCUGCAUUGGCUGAUUCUGGGGCUGUGCAUCGCUGUCACACCUGUAGUCCUACUUACUGGUGCAUUAUCUGUCAGGCAUUUAAUAAGGGGAGAUAAAAGCAAACAGGCUCUAUUGAGUCACGGUUCACAUGUCACAAUUCCACCAAUCAUGGUUUCCACAGCCUUCAUCCUGUGGGGUGUAACUGAAGGAUCCACAGAAGAGGCUGUUACUUGUCCUACCGUCAGUCUGCUGUAUAUCCUGGUGUUGUUUUAUAUGGCUCCGUAUCGGAAAUUAUUUACAGAUACAUGGCGGUUUAUUAUACUCCUCUCUCUGUCAACUGCAUUUCCCAUCAUUAUAGUGGGUGCACUAACAGGGUCUUUCAUUGAGUUUUCAGCAAAAGAUUCCCCAUCUCCAGCUGAGAAAGCAACAUUUGGAGGCAUGUUGGGUGGAAUCAUCUUUUUGAUUAUAGUCCAAACUGUCCACAUUGUGGUUUGGACAAAAUAUUCCAAAGACAGAGAAAAUAGAGGAAAAAUACUCGACUAUGUAGUUGGAAUAACUGGAAUUAUAUUUCUGGUCAUUGUGGUUUCAUCCAUAAGUAAGUCUUUUUAUAAGUUCACACAUGUGCUGUUUGCAUGUUCUCCCUGUGUUUGGACUAGUUCCUUUCAUGCCGGGGUGUCAUGCACCUUAAUUUUUUUGUGGGUGCUCAGCUUUAUGUCCAACGUGUAUAAUUGCCAAAAAUUGAAAUGCAUUUGCAAACUGAGCUGGGGCAGUCAGACUGAAUUCCACAAUCAGCCUGAUGGCAUAACACUUCCCAAAAUAUAAUCACACAUCACAAAUGUGGUUCCUCUGUAAAGUCAGCCUGUUUGUGCCAAUUACAGAGAACAGUACACAGCAUACAGUGUUGGUAACCAUGGUGACUGAUGGUAUGUUUGUGUCUUUAAACAGCUAAUGAUACAGUAUCAUAAUUCAAACCAUGACAUUUUCUCCAGUGUCCUGGUAAAUGUUUUGUGUAAAGUUGUAAUAUAUUAACGUUCUGUCCCUGUCCUGGUUGCAUCAUAUUUCAGUUUAUUUUCUCAUACAAACAUGUACCACACCAUUGUCACUAAACUAACUGUCAGUAAAACUAAUUAACUGUCACUAAACCCUGCUCACCUUAAUGGUAGUUAUUAGCAUAGAUAUAUAUAUAGAAUGACUAGAUGUCUCGUCUGCGUUGCUGCCCAACGGAGUCGAACGUCCGCAUAUGGCGGCCAUCUUACCACAGGCUGCUCGCUCACCCAAAAUAUUGUGUUGAUAGUAAAACAUGUAAUUUUUAAAUAGCCAUAACGUGCUCAAUUUUUAACCGAUUUUCAAACGGUUUGAUUUAUUAUAAACGUCAAAUAUGUAGUUAUG